CGCAAAGUACAACUUUACACUUUAUACUCUUCUUCUUCCUCCAAUUUCCCCUACCAGCCCUCCUCCCUUUUCUCCUCCUUCGUUGCUUAAUCUCGGCUGCCACUCUCUUUCUUACUCGUCGCUUUCGCUGUUGAUCUCACUUCUUCUGCUAUUUACUUUACUUCCCUCCUCAUUUCGUGGUGGUGUUCUCGGGGUCCUGGCGACACCGUUCACCUUAACUCCCUUGACGCCCCUCUUCUUCCUACCCCAGUUCGUUCUUUGGAACUGCCCACCCAUUGGGCCCUAAUUCAAAAUCAUGCGUUUCCCGACCUUUUCUUCUCUGCUGUGUCUGGCCGGCUUGGUCUCCGUCCCUGUCAAUGGCUAUGCAGGCGACGACCCCAAUAUUAAAAGCAUCCCGCUCCGAACCCAUAGUCUUGCGCCGCCAUACCUUGAUUCGGACUUCCAAAGCCGCUGGUUCGACUUCGGAGGAGAUACCGUGAUUCGCGCUGAUAAGUAUAUUCGCCUGACCGCAGACCGCCCGUCGCAGCAAGGAUGGGUCUUCUCUCGCGUGCCUCUAACCGCGACCAAUUGGGAGAUCGAACUUGAAUUCGAGAUCCAUGGCAACGGCAACCUCCACGGCGAUGGCUUCGCCCUGUGGCUCACCAAGCAGCGCGCCACCCAAGGCCCCGUCUUCGGCUCAACCGACCGCUUCGAGGGUCUCGGCAUCUUCGUCGAUACAUACAAGAACAAUCGUCCCGGCGUGUCCUUCCCCUACGUCAUGGCCAUGAUGGGCGAUGGCUCAACCACCUACGACCAAGCCCACGACGGCAAGGCCAACGAACUGGCUGGCUGCUCGGCUCGUGGUCUCCGCAAUGCCCCUGUCCCUACCAAGCUCCGCCUCACUUAUUUCCAGGACAAGUCUCUCACGCUGGACUUGCAGUAUAAGACCGAGGAUACAUGGACUAACUGCUUCACCCUCAACGCGGAGGAUACCAACAUUGCUAUACCCUCUGUCGCGUACCUGGGUCUCUCCGCCGAGACCGGCGAGUUGAGCGAUAACCAUGACAUUGUCUCUCUGAAGGCGGAGAACUUGUACGCCCUGAACCGCAAUGCCGGUACCAAGGACUUUGAUGGAUCUAAGAGCCGUGGUCGUGGUGGUGCCAGUCGCUCCGCGCAGAAGGAGUCUGGUAGCUGGUCAUGGUUCCUCUUCAAAAUCGUGCUCUUCUUUGGCGCUUGCGCCGGUGGAUACUUCGGUUGGACAAUUUACCGGACGAAGGCUCGGGCCUCGCGGUUCUAAAGUGUCUUUGUGUUGUUGUUGUUGGUGGUCAAUGAAUGAGUGCAUAUCAGAAGAAGAAAUCGACAAAAAGAAAAGGGCUAAAAUCUAGGUCCUUGUUACUUAUCCUCUCUCUCUCUCUCCCUACCCUAUCCGUCUCUUGUUUUUUUUUUCUCGGCUGUCGAACGAUUGGGUCUUGCAUAGCCUUUGACGUUUCUCUUUGUGGUUACUUUGCGUGCUGUUGAGGUAUCUUUUUUCUCUGUUCUAUUUUGAAAUGAAUCCAGUCAUGAUUACUUCGUUAUUUGAAUGGUUGAGUUGGGUUGUACAGUGAGGUUCCAUAAGUUUGAAACCCCGACAAAUUGUCAAAAUCGGCUUUGCAGUCAGGAUUAGAA